GACCCAUAGUCCUACUAUCUCUUGUCCUGCUCAAGCGAAUUCAAGGAUGAUGUUUUGCAUGCGUCUUCUUGUGAUGCUUGUAUCCAUAUAGCUCAAUUACUCUUCUCUCUUGCAUAUUUCGGAGAUCUCAUUGCAUCCUAUGAUUAGCUUCGUUUUGCGCCUGAUCUUGUCGCUCCCAAGCGCCUGCAUGUGUCCAAUGGCAUAUUUUUGUCCUACACCACCUUUUGAAUCGAGGCAAGCGUCUAUUGACCAAUGAAACUUUCCUUGUAUCACCGGAUUGGUGGUUUGCAUCUCAACGGUCCUUCUUUUCUCGUAUCCAACGUUUCGUUUUCCAGAAAUGCUGUAUGUUCCAACAUCCAGAGAUUUAAUGAUUUAGCGAGUACUCGAGUGGUAUAUAUGUCCAGCCUGCUCCGGACGACUAUCUUUCCAUCAGCAUCAUUCAGCAUCAUUCAUCAACAUCAUCAACAUCACCAAAAUCAACAACAUCAGCAAUCAUCAUGGCAACUGCACAGUCCUGGCAACCAAGGCAGCCAACCACUCCAUACCCCCUCGAUGCGUAUUCUGCACUCCCGUCACUGCACUUCUUGCCAAACAACGGAGAUUCCCAGCUUCAUCCGGCCAAUCCGACUCCAGGAUUCGAGCCAGAAACGCUGCAAAAGCUGUUUGCCGAGGAAUUAAGAGUUCAAGCUUCCAUCUCCAUGUGCUUUCGAUUGGAGCGUCUACUGGGAGCAGAGUUACAAGAGACUUUUGUUCUUCUGGAAACUGCGGAGGCCGGCAACACUAACAAAGAGCGAGGCUUGGAUGAGGCCAAGAAGGAGAUCGAGCACCUAAACUCUAUGUUGGAAGCUGCCUUUGACCAUAAGCAAGCCCCAGUGGAGCCAUCAUCCCAGUCUGAAGAGUCUUCCGACGAUGGUGCAUUGGCUGUUCUUCCAAUGAUGCCAUUGAAGCGUAAGGUAGACCAGCUGCCGGGGCCAAGCCCCAAACGACCUUUAAUUUCCGCCGUCUGCUGA